CAGGACAGUGAUUUUACUGAAUUUAUUGAAUUAUUGAUUAUUCCUUAUAAAAGCAGAAUUUGGUUAAUAAUUUUGUGCAAUAAGUUUCAGUACACGUGUUUCCACAUUGCCGUGAGGAGGAGAAAUGUUAAGCAGUAAAAUGAAGCAGAAGAUCCGCUUGAUUAACAUUUGCAUCCGGCACAAAUGCACGAACGUGGAGGACGGUAUUCGAUCUUCCACGAAGAGUAAGUGGAGAAAAGUGCAGCUGAAAAAUGGCCAAAAUGUGAAAGUUAACCGGGAGAACCCAACCUCUAAAAAUGGCAAUUCUGCAUCGAACUCUGUUUAUAAUACGCCUGUGAUACCUGAUAAUUUUGAGGCGGGCUUCUAUAAAUUAUUUAUACAGUCUGAAGGAAAAUCAAGCAAAUCAGACUUUAAUGUACAUGUGUCAAAAAAUUCGAAAACGAGCGACAAUAAACACUCGGAUAUAAAGACAAAAGAUGAAAAAAUUCGCAAUGUAAAUACACAAAUGACUAGAACGUUGCAUCAGCAAUUUUCAAAUAACACUCAGGAAUUAAAACAAAUAGAAAACAGCAGAUCUGCUGAUUUAGGCACGAAUGAAAAUAAUGCUAGAGUUAAUGAAGUAAAUAUACAAAUGCUACCCACAUCGUUGCACAAACAAUUAUUUAAAAAGGAUAGUACGCAAAAGUUUCUCUCGGAAGAAGAAAUCAGCAGUAUAAGAAAAAACUUGGACGUGUAUGGUAUAAAUGUAGAGGAUGCAACCAAGCUACCAGAUGUAAACUUGAAACUACCAGUUUUGGAAGGAAAAGAUAUAGAAGAGCACUUUUAUAAUAUUGGAAAAGCUCAAGCGAGGCCCUAUUUAAACAUUAUAAAUGAAAUUGUUAAGGAUAUUCCCGAGAUGCCAAAGCAAUGGAUUUUCAAGGAAGGAUGGACUAGAUAUUCUGCGGAUGGUGCGAUAGAAAGUGUAGAUUAUCCGCUAGAGGAUGGUGUAAUUUUCGACGUUGAAGUUUGUAUGAAGCAGGGUCCCUUGCCCACUCUCGCCACAGCGGUGAGUAAUAAAGCAUGGUACGGCUGGGUAUCGAAUUCUUUGGCGCAGGAUAUUAGUCAGACGUUUGAUACACAAUUGUUUACUCCAAGCAUGCUUGUUCCUAUGGAAAGUAACAAGGAGGAAUAUGGACACAAGUUGAAUCAGCAUCAGAAGAAACCGAAGAUUAUCGUAGGUCACAACGUAUCAUACGACAGAAUCAGAAUCAAGGAGCAGUAUUGGCUGAAUUGUACAGGAGCUCGUUUUCUCGACACCAUGUCACUGCACAUAUGCGUCAGUGGUCUCAACAGUUACCAAAGAUCGUUAUUAAUGUCUAAGAAAACAAUCCAAGAGAAGGAUUUGUGGCUGGCCAACACUUCCUUGAACAGCUUGGUGGAGGUGCACAAGCUGUACUGCGGUCAUGAGAUAAGUAAAGAAUCGAGAGACAUAUUUGUCGAAGGUACUAUUGAAGAUGUGAAAAAUAAUUUUAAUAUGCUGAUGAGUUAUUGCGCCUCUGACGCGGUCGCCACUCACAACGUCUUACGCAAUUUAUUUCCACUGUUUCAAGAGAGAUUUCCGCAUCCGGUUACUCUAGCCGGAAUGUUAGAGCUUGGCUCCGCGUACUUGCCGGUGAAUUCUAACUGGCAGAGAUACUUGGAGGAGUCGGAAUCCACCUUCGACGAUUUAAACUACGAAGCAAAAUUCACUCUGGCCAAGAGAGCCGAUACUGUCUGUCAUCUCAUGCACGACGAAAAGUACAAGGAAGACCUGUGGAUGUGGGAUCAGGACUGGAGUACGCGGGAAAUUAAGAUGAAGAGUAAAGCAUCGCCCUCAAAAACAGAGCUCAAUACGGAAAUGAGUGUGACAGAAAAUGUAAACGAUCAAGCGGACGAUAAGAAAUAUUUGUCGGACGGCGAGGAAGAAGAGGAGGAUUGUUUGGCGAAGCAAUUUGCUUAUUUGGAGGAAACCAGGCACUUAUUGCCGGCUAGAAUGCCUCAUAUGCCAGGAUAUCCAGCCUGGUACAGAAAACUCUGUCCCAAGCAGAGCGAUGAAGACUGGGCGCCAGGUCCGCAGAACAUCAGCACGUCCAUGCAGGUGGUUCCGAAGCUGCUGAAUCUUACUUGGGAAAAAUAUCCGUUGCAUUAUAUAAGGGAUCGCGGUUGGGGAAUUCUGGUGCCUUACACGAACGAUCCCGACGUUGGGACGAAACUACCGUUGAAGAAUCUGCUGGCGCAUUGCCCCUUGGCGAUGUUUAACGGGUCUAGAGACGUUUCCGGCGACGCUAUGUUCACUUUGAGCACCGACGUGCAAAACGACCUUCACAAGACGGAAUUCUGGCGAUUUAAGAAGAAGAAGAACGGCCCGGACGAUAAAAUGUACAAGGGCACCGGUGUGUGGUGCAACGUCGACAUCGACAAUUGCUGCUACUUCUUCAAGCUGCCGCACAAGGACGGCGCCAACUACAACGUCGGUAAUCCGCUCGCCAAAGACUUCCUCAACAAAUUUUCCGAGAACGUGCUCGCCGGUUUGGACGUCAGCGCGGCGGAGGUGCUGAAGAUCGCUCGUACGCUGUCCUAUUGGCGAAACAAUCGCGACAGAAUCAUGUCGCAGUUGGUGAUUUGGCUGGACGACCGGUCUCUGCCGAGCAGCCUUAAGAGAACGAAGGGAGGCGCGCGUUACGGCGCGAUAAUACCUCAGGUGGUCGUUUCCGGUACUUUAACGCGACGCGCCGUGGAGCCCACGUGGAUGACGGCGUCGAAUGCGCACGCGGAACGGAUCGGCUCCGAGCUGAGAUGCAUGGUGCAAGCCCCGCCGGGAUACAACAUAGUGGGCGCCGAUGUGGACAGCCAAGAACUGUGGAUCGCCUCGCUCAUCGGAGACGCACAUUACAAGAGCGUUCACGGAGCGACGCCUUUCGGCUGGAUGACUUUGAUCGGCACGAAAUCCAACGGCACCGAUAUGCACAGCGUCACCGCCAAGGCUAUCGGUAUCUCGCGCGAUCACGCGAAGGUCAUCAACUACGCCCGGAUCUACGGCGCCGGUCAGAAGUUCGCCGAGCGACUGCUCAAACAGUUCAAUCCGUCCAUGACGGACGCCGAGUCGAUCUCAAAGUCGCGCAAGAUGUUCGCCCUCACGAAGGGCAAGAAAGUGUUCCGGCUGAAGGCUGAAUUCGUCAACGACGACCUGGGAGACGAGCCUCUCACGUCUUAUCAGGCGUAUCAAGUGGCGAAGCUGCACGGCAAACCGCUGCACGAUAUGUUUCGGAAGAGCGAAUGGGUUGGCGGCUCGGAAUCGGCCAUGUUCAACCGAUUGGAGCAAAUCGCUGGCAGCAAGCACCCGGUCACGCCGUUCCUCGGCGCAAGACUGAGCCGCGCCCUGGAGAUCACCAACACCGACGACGACGACAAGUUCUUGCCCACGAAGGUCAACUGGGUGGUGCAGAGCGGUGCGGUGGACUUUCUCCACUUGAUGUUGGUCUCCAUGAGAUGGCUGAUGAGGGACAACGCCCGAUUUUGCCUUUCGUUUCACGACGAAGUGAGAUAUCUGGUGCCGUCCAGGUACAAGUACAACGCUGCAUUGGCCAUGCACGUGACCAACUUGAUGACGAGGUCGUUCUGCGUCUCGAGAUUGGGCAUGAGAGACCUGCCGAUGUCGGUGGCGUUCUUCGCCGCCGUGGAAGUCGAUACUGUCCUUCGCAAGGAGUCCGCUCACGACUGCAAAACUCCUUCGAAUCCUCACGGUCUGCAAAACGGAUACGAAAUACCUCCCGGCGAGAGCUUAGACGUGUGGGCCGCCUUGGAGAGAUCCGACGGUUCGCUAGGCUGGUGGCACAACGCGAAAAGUCGCAAAGUUAAAUUAGCAGCGGAAUGCAGCACGCAACCGGUGGAAAAAUCCGUCGCUUAAAGCUGUUUAAAUAAAAAUUAAUUUUGUACUGCUAUUUUUGACGAUCAAACAUUUUGUUUCAUUUAACAUUCGAAUAAGGGAAAGUGUACAGAAAAAGAGAAAAAAAAUCAGAAUCUUUUUUAAUCUACUUUUACAGAGCGCGCA